GGCGGCGGCGGCGGCAGCGGCGGGAGGGCGGGCGGGAGCGAGCGAGCGGAGAGGAGAGGAGGGCACGCCAGGCGCAGCGCGGCGGCAGCAACAGCGGCGGCGGCGGCAGGAGCGGCGGAGAGACGCCGGCGGCGGCUCCUCGGAAGCGGCAGCCGCGCCAGCAGCGCCCGCCCGCCCCGCUCGUCCCCUCCCUCCCCCGCUCCCCCCCUCCCUCCCUCCCCCGCCGCGGAGACAGGGGGCAGCGCCGAGAGGAGAAGCCGGGCUCAGCGUGUGUGCGCGGGAGGAGGAGGAGGAGGGGGGGACACACCGAGGACUGCGCCGGCCGAGGGCGCACGGAGCAGGGAAGCGGCGGCGGCACCGAGAGGCGGCGGCGGCGGGUCCUUGUGCCCGGGGAGGAGGGCGCAGCCCGCACGGGGGUUUCUACCGAGUUUCCUCUUUUUUUUCCGGUCCCUCGGACUCGGCGGCGGGUCUGCGUUUGUCUCCGGAUUUGAAUCCUCCUCCUUCUCCUCCUUCCUCGGGGAAGCUCCCCUCCCCGCCCCCUCCCCUCCCCCACCGCCUCCCUGCCCGCCCGGAUCCAGCCGGGCGCCCCGUGCCGCCGUCGCCUCGCUCGGCGGAGCUGCUGCGGGCGCUCGCCGUCUCUGCGCGGGCUUGGAAUAUGGUUGGGGAAAUGGAAACCAAGGAGAAGCCGAAGCCGAGCCCCGAUUACCUGAUGCAGCUGAUGAACGACAAGAAGCUGAUGAGCAGCCUCCCCAACUUCUGCGGGAUCUUCAACCACCUCGAGAGGCUGCUGGACGAAGAAAUUAGCAGAGUACGGAAAGACAUGUAUAACGACACGUUAAAUGGUAGUACGGAGAAGAGAAGUGCAGAAUUACCAGAUGCUGUGGGACCUAUUGUACAGUUACAAGAGAAACUAUAUGUGCCUGUAAAAGAAUAUCCAGAUUUUAACUUUGUUGGAAGAAUCCUUGGGCCCAGAGGACUAACAGCUAAACAGCUUGAGGCAGAAACAGGAUGCAAGAUAAUGGUCCGAGGGAAGGGCUCAAUGAGGGACAAAAAGAAGGUCUCCUUUAAGAGCAGAGACAACCAUGAUCCAGCAGUUUUGGAGGUAGAGGAAGAACAGAACAGAGGCAAGCCCAACUGGGAACACCUGAAUGAAGAUUUACAUGUACUUAUCACUGUGGAGGAUGCUCAGAACAGAGCAGAAAUAAAACUGAAGAGGGCUGUUGAAGAAGUAAAAAAGUUGCUGAUACCUGCAGCAGAAGGAGAAGACAGCCUUAAAAAGAUGCAGCUGAUGGAGCUUGCAAUUCUGAAUGGCACCUACAGAGAUGCCAACAUCAAAUCACCAGCCCUUGCCUUUUCUCUUGCAGCAACAGCCCAGGCUCCAAGGAUUAUUACUGGGCCUGCGCCUGUUCUCCCACCAGCUGCCCUGCGUACUCCUACGCCAGCUGGCCCUACCAUAAUGCCUUUGAUCAGACAAAUACAAACCGCUGUCAUGCCAAAUGGAACUCCUCAUCCCACCGCUGCAAUAGUUCCACCUGGACCCGAAGCUGGUUUAAUUUACACACCAUAUGAAUACCCCUACACGCUGGCACCAGCUACAUCAAUCCUUGAGUAUCCUAUUGAACCUAGUGGUGUAUUAGGUAUGGCUUUCCCAACGAAAGGCUAAGAAUUCAAGAACGGUCUUAACUGAUCCUUCAUCAGAUCUGAAUUUUAACAAAUGCUUAGUUUCAGCAGCCUUUGAAAAAAGCUUGGCCUAGCAGUCAGUGACUUACUUGCACUUUUUUGCACAUAGAUUUAAAAUGAAAUAGUGCUAUUAAUUUGGAUUAGCUCCUAUUAUUACAGAGUAGCUGUAAUUUAUGAGUGUAUAGUGGUAUACUGACUGCUAAGUGUUCUAUAUAGUGUUUGCUUUACUAAUCACCUAAUUCAUUGCAGUUCAUACUUAUUGACUUAAAGUUUAAAAUCACAAUCUGUAGGCUUGAAGAAUUGCUUUAAAACUUUUUUUUGUGGUAGAACUGGAAGUGAUCUUAAGGUUAGCAAAUAAUCGUCAGUAUUAAAAGAUGGCAUUAUUUAAAAUAGUCCUGCUGCAAGAAAGGCACUUCAGUGAAUAUGUGACUAGUAAAGCUUAAAUGUGCUUGGGUCUAAUAGAUUUCAUGAAAUACUGUAAUUUUGGGAUUGUAAAUGAAUAGAUUAAACAGGUUAAGGCCAGGAUGUUUAAAAUAAAUGCAAUAUUAAUCUGCACAGAUAAACUUCUUUUUAAGAUUUGAAACUACUGUGCCUUAACUUGUUGCUUUUCUUAAAAUGAACUUUUGUAGUUAAUGAUCAUUUAAAUCCAUUUUGAUAAACCUGCUGUUAAUGUUUUCUUUGAAUGUUUUCUAACUUUGUCUUGGUAAUUGCAAUUUAACUAGGUGCGGUGGCUACUAAAGUUCGAAGGCACGAUAUGCGUGUCCAUCCUUACCAAAGGAUUGUGACCGCAGACCGAGGUUAGUUUAGUUCUGCAGUUCUUGUUUGUAAGAAGUGCUUUGAGUGUACAUGAGAUUUGCAACACCACAGCUGGUUAACCAAAUACCAUAUUUCGACCCAUUCAUUUUUUCCUCAAAAAUCUGAAUAGUUAAUAUUUUAGAGCUUUGGGAAUACUUGCAGUUUUAAAAACAUUUUGUAAAUCUUGGCUUUCCCAGCUCAGUUAAAUACAUAACCUUCGUGAUCUAUUUUAUAUAAGGGCUAUAACUGAUUCCCUUUUAAAAACUAUUUAAAGCUCCAUCUGCAUCAGAAAACACUAUGAAUUCAGUGCUGCAAUAAUUGAUUUGGUUGUGUUCCCCCCCUUGCCUCCCCCCAAUUUGUUCUUUUAAUUGGUGUGGAAAUAUCAGAUUGGUGUUGCAAAAUAAAAUGAAUGGAUGGUUGCUUAAUGAGAAAGAAGUAAAGGAAUAAAUGCCUCCUGUCUGUGUCUGGAGAAAUCUGAAGAUUUAGAUUCCUUUUUUUCCAAUAAACUUUUGAGCCACUGUACUGUAUAUUAUAAGGAGGAUGCAUGUUCUCAGAUACCUGACUGAAUUCAGAAAGGUAAGGGCUGUGAAGAUAAUACUUCAAAAGUUGUUUGAGUUUGAAUUACUAAGGCUGGGGGAAGGGAGGGUGUUUUGGUUUUUUGCCAAAAUCUAUUUCUUGGUAUUUGCCUUUUGCUGCUAAAAUGUGUACCCUGAAGGAGAAGCAACUUUUGAAGUCCUGUUGGUGAGAUGACAUCCAAUAUUUGGGCAUCUCUCUUUAACCCUUGAAUGGAACAUAAAUCUUCAUUUUUCUCCUGUUCCUCAAGUGUAAUGCCUUUGGACCCCUGAAUGAAGUAUUUAAGCUUAUUGAGAAAAGUGAUAUUUUCGGUUUAUUGACAUUGGCUAGGAAGCAAUGUGUGGGCUGAAUUCUUAUCCCAUCCCUGCUGCUGACUCACUCUGGGUUUCGGCAAGUCAUUUAAUCUCUCUGUGUAUGUUUUCCCAUCUGUAAAAUAAGGAUAAUAAUACUUCCCUACCUCACAGGGGUGUUGUGGGGGUUCUUGUUUUGUACAGGGCUUUGAGGAUACAAAGCAUUAUGUGCCAAGUAUUAUUAUUCUGCUCUCAUCAAAAUCAGUGUUGUGCAGGCUUCCAUGAUAUUGUAAUAUUCAAAAGUCAAAUUCAGGUGGCAGAUCUGACAUCUUCUAGCAUUGUCUACACUUCACUUCUCACAACCUCCCAUAGAUUAACUACAAGAAACAAUACAGAUUUCAGUCAAUACGGUAAAAAUGGCCCUCCUGGAUAUGCUGUGUUUAUGUAAUGCUUUUAUCUUCCGUCUGUAAGGAUCUUAUGCUUUACAGAAAGUGUAAAGCUGAUAACAAGACACUACUUAAGUUUUCAAGAAGAUUGCUUCUUUUACAUCACCGCACACUAUUUACAGUCCAUUGGCUUGUUCUCAUUUCUUGAGAACUCUUCAGUGGGCAACAAAAUGAGGUUAUAGCCCAUGUUUACAAAAAAAAAAAAAAAGAAAAGAAGGGAAAAAAGGUUUUAAUCUUUUUACUAUUCCCGUCUCUGUCAAGAGUAAUGAGUGGUCAGGAUUUGGUUCAUUGAAAGUUUGACAGGAUGUGGCAAAAAUCAGUUUUUGCUAAUGGUCUUUCCUGAUCUGCAGUGGUAGUUUCAGGUGACAGGUGAGACUACCUUUUUGUUUAAUUAGAUAUUUGCCUGAGACAACUAGGAAAUACACUGAUAAAGCAUAGGAGGUGGAGGGUGGCAGGAAUACCAAUUUGUAGUUUAAGUUCAUCAUUGUAGUGUUUCAUCUGGCUCACGUGUAAGUAAUUGAAAUUAAUAAUUGGUAUAAUUUCACCUUCUUUUAAAAUAGUGCCACUUUCUGAUAAUUCAGUGUUCGUAUCUAGCCAUAUUGAAAGCCCACUGUCUUAAGUAAAUAAAUAAAUACACAUGGCUUAUCUCCUGCGGAAUAAGUUAUGCAUACCUCUCUUUUGGCAUGAAAACCAUGCUGAUAUUUCAGGAGAAUGUUAUUUUAAAGUCUUACCUAAAUAAUCCCAGUGUGUUUUAAGAAACUUACACAGAGUUCAUUUUACAACUGUACUUCAUUGUAUUUUGAAUUUGAAAUCCUAGAUUAUCACUGCACAUAUUUAAAUUUCACAAAAGGUUUUGAAGAGAACUUUGUUCAGCAAUAAAAGUUCCUUUUAAUGUGUUAAUAUUAUGUUAUAGAAUUAAAAUAUUGUCAGUAUUUACCAUAUUCACCUUUGGUUGUUCUGUCACCAAUACAAUUCUGUAGCUAUAGCCGUGAAAAACAAUGUCAGCAAACCGAAAGGCUUUUUUUUCUAAUGCAGAAGCUUUCUUUUAUAUAGUUAAAUGUCACUAAAUCUAUAUUUGCAUUCAUUGGGUCUAAAGUUUUUUAAAAAUUCUAAAAUCAACUUUCAGAUGUCUUUUAGUACUACUGCAUUCACUUUUUAAGUAAGUUUUUAUUCUUUGCAUAGUAUUUUUUUUUUAGAAAUAAGCACUGCAUUUAAAGCAAGAAUCCCCAAAUGUGUAAAUGUUUUACUCUUACAACUAAGCAUUUAGAAUUGGUGAAGGGUUAAAAAAUAUAGCUCAUUUUAACUCCGAAUAAAACCCCAGUUUAUAAAUAUUACAAAAAUGAAUUUGAUGCAUAUAACAGAGAGACUGACUGAUUUAAUUGUAAUAAACUGUAAAUGGUGUUGCACAGUUGACAAACCUGUGUGUACUGUAGAAGGCCAGAGACUUGGCAGAGGACGUAUCACAGGUGUACUGGCAUUUUUUAAAGGUAGCUUGCUUUGAUUAUAAACUCCACAAGAAAUAUUAAUGCUGAGAAUUUUCUUGAAUGUUUUAUCCAAACCAACUGUCAUAUAAUUUAUGUAUAAAUUUUAAUACCAUUUAAUCAAAAUUGUAAUCAGUAUCAAAAUGCUUUAAGAGUCUGUGUUUCUAGUAUACCUGUAAAGUGGUGAGAUUGUGCCACAUAAAAUAUUUAUUUUUAUUUUUGCUUAUUUUUGGAACAGACAUUUUAAUUUAAACAAAUCCCACUUAGCAUGAUUCUGAAAAAAAUCAGGGAGCAUGUGGUCUCAUUUAUGUUACAGUAGUACUUUUUUUGUAGUGUUAUGAACUGUAUCCUAAAUGAUAGGCCAUUUUUAUUAUGUGAAAGUAAAUCAGCCCACGAGAAAGAUUGCUAAAACUAUGCUAUCUGUGAAUAUUACACCUACUGGACUUCAUUUUAUGUAAUGGCACAAAUCUGACUUUGCACUGAAUACCUUUCUCACUUUCAUCUCCUCUGCCUUAGUCAAAAUGGCAACAGUACAAAAACUUUAUCAACCUCAGAAUUUAUUAGCUAUAAUUAAGCUGUUGAACAAGUCUUAAAAAUAUAUAUUAAAAAAAAAUCAGACUACUGUUAAGUGGACCAAGUUUGGUGAAGGAGAAUGUGAGAGAAUGAUUAAAGAAGGAACAGCUCAAGAACAUUGGGAAUGAUAACUUUCCACUUGAGAACUUUUUUAUGUUUUACUGUAAUUUGUUUGUGUUUAGGGGUUUUAUUUUUUCUUUUGUUUUGUGUUUUUGGGAUUUUUUGGGGGUUGGUUUUUUGUUUCUUUUUUGUUUUGUUUUGUUUUUUUGCAAAAGAAAAUAGUAUUUACAGGUGGCUUCUUUUAAAAUAUAAAAAUAUAAAGCAGGAAUGUAUAUGAAAUGUCAGAUUUUAUUGUAUUUGCAGAGUAUUAGCUUUGAAAAUGAAUAAAGAGAGCUGUUUGUAGUUUUAAAAUGCCUUAUUAGUACCAAUUAGAUAUUUUCUCUAUUUUUUGAUGUACUUAGAGCUUUUUAAGUAUAGACUUUAAAAUGGCAGGACUUCUACAGUGUUUACAUGCAAGUGCAUUUUAUAAGUGUCCUAUAUGUGUAAAAUAGUAUUUUGAACAGGAAAAUGCUGGCUCAAGUAGCAGGCUGAGCGUUUUCCUGGUUCCCACGAUGAUGCCUAUGUUGCUAGACUACAGUUUAGUAUUGCUUUGUAUCAUGAGGCCAAGAAAUUCCAUGUUGUUUGUAAAUAGAAUAAAUGAAAGGCAAUAAAAAAUUUAUUGAACAAAAA